CUUCACGUAAGUGAUCCCAAGACUUUGCCGCAAAACUUUCUCUUUAGUCAAAAGCACCUUGGGUCCCUCCCUCCCUUGCCUUUUUCUAAUCCUCAUUUCCCAAUCGUUAAUCUCGUAUCAUUUGAUUAAAUGAGUGCAUAGAAACCAAACCAUAGCAUAAAUCAAGGGAAAUGAGAAAAACAAAAGAGAGUUAAGAAUAGUAGAAGACAGCUCCUACUCUGAUGAUUAUCUAAUUGUAAAGCGAUCUACUUUGGAUACCCUUUGAAAACACAAAGAGAAGGAAAUGGAAAACCAGAAUGCCCAUCUCCAUAUUACUACUCUUCAGUUACUUUUUCUUCUCCACUGGUUUCUGUGAUCAGCAUUCUCUCAUCCACACAACACGCCAUGCCUUCAAGACCCUUUCCUCCCACAAGUCCCACAAAAACCAAGGCCCUCUUCCUAGCACUCACCAUUUCAGCUUGUGUUGUGAUUUUCUGCUCAAUCGUUUACUUCCUCUACCAUCUGUGGCUUUCUCUAGUUCACAGGGCCAAGACCAUCCCCUUUGAUGCAAGUGCUCCCUUGAAGCUCCAAAGAUUCGCAUACAAAGAUUUAAAGCACGCCACCAAUGGCUUCGACACUGCGAAUGUAAUUGGCAAAGGUGGCUCUGGCACUGUUUUCAGAGGCGUGCUUAAAGACGGCAAGUUGAUUGCCAUCAAGCGUCUGGACCAAUUGUCUUUGCAGUCAGAGAGAGAGUUUCAAAACGAGCUGCAGAUUCUUGGAGGGUUAAGGUCACCAUUUUUGGUGACUCUUUUGGGUUACUGUGUGGAAAAGAACAAAAGGGUGCUGGUGUAUGAGUAUAUGCCCAACAGAAGCUUGCAGGAGUCCCUCUUUGGAGAUGAGGGUUUGAGUUUGAGUUGGGAGAGCAGGUUUUGCAUAAUAUUGGAUGUUGCUAGAGCUAUGGAGUUCUUGCACCUUGGAUGUGAUCCUCCAGUGAUCCAUGGUGAUAUCAAGCCAAGCAAUGUUCUGCUUGAUGCAGAGUGGCGUGGGAAGAUCUCCGACUUUGGCUUGUCAAGGAUUAAGGUGGAGGGUGAGUUUGGUGUUGACUUGUUUAGCCAGGACCUAGGGAGGAGCCAGGAUCUAUGGAAAAGCCAAGAGCUUUCAGGUAAUUUGACUAAUUUGACUGCAGAAACUCCUGCUAUUGGUACUCCGGUUGAGAGUGUCAGUGAAGUAGAUUUUGCUCUAGCUUUGCAAGCCUCUUCUUCAUCUAAAAAUAGUAGGACCUGCUUUAAUGUCAAAGCUUUGAAUUUGAAUUCUUUGAAUUAUAAUGCCAAUAUUGCUGGUGAAAGUGAAAUCAGGAGUGUGAAUGCAAAGGGUAAGGAAAUAUCAGCUUUGGAUAGAGAUGAGUGGAAUGGUAAGUUUUUUCCUUAUGAUGAUGAGCUUUCUAGCAUUGAUUAUAGUAAGGAGUUAACAGUGAAUGCUUCUCCUUUGGUGGAUGAUGAAAAGGCAAAUGGGAAACAGUGGGGAAAGGACUGGUGGUGGAGACAGGAUGGAAGUGGAGAGUUAUGUAGUAAAGACUAUGUUAUGGAGUGGAUUGGGAGUCAGAUUUGUCCAUCAAACCCUGAUUGGGAUCAUGGUAAGAACAAUGUUCAAGAGAAAGUGGAGUUGGAAACUUCAAGCCCAAAGGAUAAAGACCAAGAUGCAAUUGCACCCCAGCCACAGGUGUUUGGGGUAGGACACAAUACUACAGAUAAUGGGAUUGAGAAAAAAGAGUCAAGGGGAAAGAAAAAUCAGAAAAAGAAACACAGGAAGAUGCAAGAGUGGUGGAGAGAAGAGCAUCUGGCUGAAUUAAGCAAGAAGACAAAUAAACUGAAAAAUCUUCACACUAAAUGGAAGAAAGGAAUGAAAGUGCCCCAUUUUGAUUUGGGUAGAAGGUUUUAUCUUUGCAGACGUAAGAAGUUUGGAGAGGAGGGUCAAGAUGAAUGUGAUCAAAAUGGAGAGUUUAGCUUCAGAAGAGGGUGGAAGAAAAAGAGUACUCUUUCCAUUGGUAGUGACAUGUGGAGUGGAGAUCUUUUCAGCCGCGAGCUCAGCAGCACAACUAGCAUGAGAGGGACACUGUGUUAUGUGGCACCAGAAUAUGGAGGGUGUGGAUUCUUGAUGGAGAAAGCUGAUAUUUAUAGUUUUGGAGUUUUGAUUCUUGUGAUUGUGUCAGGUAGGAGACCCUUACAUGUUCUUGCAUCACCCAUGAAGCUAGAGAAAGCUAACCUGAUAAGCUGGUGUAGACACUUGGCUCAAGCUGGUAACAUUUUAGAACUAGUUGAUGAGAGAUUGAAAGAGGAUUUCAACAAGGAGCAAGCAAGCCUGUGUAUCAAUUUGGCACUCACUUGCUUACAGAAAAUUCCUGAGUUGAGGCUGGAUAUUGGGGAUAUUGUUAAGAUUUUGAAGGGGGAGAUGGAUCUUCCACCACUUCCAUUUGAGCUCUCCCCUUCUCCACCUUCCAAAUUUUACGGCAGAACAAGGAGAAAACAGAAGAGCACUGCAGAAUAGUUUUUUGUGAUUCACAAGUCAUCUGCAGAAUCAGUGGAUAUGUUUUCAUUCAAGCCUGAAUACACGCCUGUUGUUAGAUUUAUGUUGAAUGUAAAUCAGCUAAGUUAUUUGUUCUUUCUGAUGACUCAAUUUCCACUGAUUGUUCUCAGUGUGGCUUGAUCAGAAAUUUGUAUAGAAUGGUUACUGAUUUAGCUUAACUCUUCAUUGUAACAGAUAAGGGCAAAAGGGUAUCUGUUAGUUGCAUUUGUUUUUCAGUGAAAUGUUAGUUGUGGCAAUGGAAAAAAAAAACGACCACUUUGAAUUUGA